CGCCUGAGCCCAUUGCUACUGAGUCGCGAGUCGCGACCAAGUCAACCAGGCAUAUAAAUCGAUUCAAAAUACAUAUUUCUUCAUUAUAAUCUGCAGUUUCUCUCUUCCCCAUUUCAUAGCUUCUGCGUUAUAGUUUGAUCUGAUCGAAAAUGGCAGAGAUUGAACUUAAGACUGCUCCAGCUGAUUUCCGGUUCCCAACAACAAAUCAAACUAGACAUUGUUUCACCAGAUAUAUUGAAUUCCACAAGUGCUUAGCAGCAAAAGGUGAAGAGUCCAAUGAAUGUGAAAAGUUUGCGAAAUACUAUCGUGCCCUUUGUCCUGGUGAAUGGGUCGACAAAUGGAAUGAGCAGAGGGAGAAUGGCAAUUUUCCAGGACCUCUGUAAUCGUCAACUUUUGGCAAAUGGAAGUUUCAAAGCUUUCAGUUUUCCUUUCUGAAGCAAAUAUAAGUUGGUUUCUUCUCAAAAUUCCAAAUGGAUUAUUAAAAAAAUUCCAUUAAAAUGUUCAAUUAUUAUCCUCAGUUUGUUGGCCAAUAAAUCUUGAUAUUUGGUCUGUUAUUUUUGUCUGGAAAAUCUUUGUAUCAUUGUUUGCUGAUACACUGGUCUUGGAUUGGGACCUGACCUGACAACUUAUUCAUUUUACAAUCUUAUACCGUGCAUUCGCAAUUUGAUCUUU